AUGGUUUUCGCUCAUGGUGGUGGCGCUAUGCCCUACCUGGCUAUUCGUAUUGCCCGCGUCGCGACACUUUCUUACGCAGGCGGGAUCCCUUCACCGAAACGAUGGAUCAAUCCCUACGUGCCACUCAUGCAGGCCGUGCCAGGCCUAACAGGCAUCCAGGACAAUGGCAAUUCUACGGAUGAGGAUAUGACCUCGAUCAAAUACCAUAAUGCCCUGGAAAUCUUUCCACGGAUCUCCAACGUUCUGGAACUGAAGCAAGGCACUCAUAAGGCAUUGUGA